UUCUGAUCAAUAUAUUUCAUAUUUACCGAUCAAAAAAAAAAAAAAAGUAGGGCCAUACAAUAACCCACAAGAAACAUACAAUUAUUAUAGCCUUCCCUUUUGUCAUUCACCGGUUAAUGCUGCUCACAAAUGGGGCGGUCUUGGUGAGGUAUUGGGUGGAAAUGAGCUUAUUGAUAGUCUGAUUGACAUAAAAUUCCAAAAACCUGUGGACAAGACUGCCAUUUGUGAACUUGAGCUUGACGAAACAAAAGUCAAAAAUUCAAAAAUGCUAUUGAAAAUAGUUACUGGUUUGAAUUCUUCAUGGGUAUGUUUCAUGGUUAUUCCUCUAUUUAUCUUUUGCAUGAAUGAUGGUAGAUAAAUUUAUGUCUCUUAGAAGUAAGAAAUGUCAUAUAACUGAUAUGAAAACCAUGAUAUCAUGUCCCGUACUGCCUUUUCAAAUAACUAGCACCAGGUGCAAUUACGUUUACACAAUCAAAACCAUUUAAGUUCUUGUGGGAAGUCUCUAUUUCGCCUCUAGAUUAGGAAU